GCUUAGCACAAAUAUAGUCUCUAUAUACUCCUGCAGUGUAGUACGUCCAUCAGCGUAUAUCCCUCUUGAGCUUGGGCGCGACGUCCAGGAGACGAUGCGAAUACGACCCAUAACUUUUUCCCAUCAUCGAUGAUGACCAAGCACGUGGCUCGAUCAUAUACAUCAAUCCUAAAUCGGGAUUGAUCUAGAACGCCAUGCGUUUAUGUCCGAGUUUCUGACCCAGCUCCGUCGGCGACACAUGCGCUGACCGCAUACUUGCGUCAUGGAAUCUAGGAGCCUCAGAAUGCGAGGAGUAUUGUUGCUUGAACUAUGACUACGAACACGACGAACACGACGAACACGAACACGAAUUCUAAGUCUCCGAGCGGAAAUGGAGGGAUCGGAAGUAAGAUCAGAGGCGCCACCAAAGUCAUCCAUGGGAUCGGCGAAAGUAUUCGAGGCACGGCGUUGGGUGCUGCUGAUCGUGCUACAAGCUCUGUAGCUGGAGAAGAGAAAUACAAGGAGGUAGCUGAGAAGGGCAAAGCUGAGUUUGCGGCAGGUAUGGCGGCUAUUAGGGGCCAUGCACCUGCACCCGCCGGUACGACACCCGGUACGAGCGCGGGAACUGGUGCUGCUGGAACUGGUGCUGGUACCGGUGCCAGCGGUGACGUUAGCGGCGCUACUGCUGCCAAGAAUACCGGUACUGGAGUGACAAGUCAGGGCCAACAGCAGGGAACGGGUUACGAGAAAACAAGCGCGGCUGGGGGAGAGAGUGGAGCUGAUAUGACAGGCGCUGCCCAGGGUGCUGCUGUAGGCACAGGUGCAAUGUACGAGCAGAAGCAGCAAGACCCAGGCGCUGCAAGUCAGCAAGAAGGGAAACGCGACCAGCGGGAUGUCCAACAACGUUCAUUGAGCGGCGACUCCAGUCAGACUCGUGCACAAGGUACCACAAACGACCGUCCACAGCAAGGAUGUGAACAGCCGUCCCAACAAAGGGUAGGUGAACAACGCAGAGCAGAGCAGAUGCGUUUCCAGGGUAUCUCGACAGACGAAGGAGGUGAACAAUCGUCUCAACCAAGGGAAGAAAAACAGCGCGAAGUAGGACAGAACCACCAUGAGGCUGUCCAGAAGGAAGGUGGACAACAAGGCGGUGCUGGAGAAGGAUUCCAUUUUCUGGGUAUCCCGGCGGACAAAGGAGGUGAACAAGGGUCUGAAGAAAAACAGCAGGGAGCAGAGCAGAUUCACCGCGAGGGUAUCCAGCAGGAAGGUGGACAACAGGGCAGUGAGGUGGGUGCUGGACAAGGUCAGAAAGGUCAGAUGAGUUUCCAGGGGAUUUCGCAGGAGUGAAGGCGAGCCGUUUGCGAGUGGUUUCGACAGCAAUUAGGGUAUAAUCGGGGAGGACUCGGGGGCUGCACGGAUUAAUGUAAAUGUUAUCAGUAGGUGGUUCUUCGGGUCUCGGAUCGCAAUAAUGCUUCAGAGAAUGGAAGGUUCGGCAAUAUCAUAAGCAUGCUACGAUUUUCAAGGCUGGCCUGGAGAUGUAAAUUAGAUCGAUAAGCAGUCAAUAAGUG